UCCCCCAUACGCUUUACGCCAUCUUGAAAUUAAGCCGCAGUUUGUUAAGCCGCUACCAGAAACUAGCAGAGCACCACAAGUCUUUUCCUCAGCGGGACGGUGUCGGGCAUGAACGGUUCCCGAAACAAACCAGCACAGACACUCAGCAAGGGACCGGCGGACACGGACAGCGGCUCGGAGGCGACCCACAGGGAGCGAAGGACCGGCGGAGGAAUGCUGAAAAAGCUGAAGUCGAGGCGCAGUCAAACAGAUAAGUGGCCUGUGGUCACCGAGGAUGAGCUCCGGGCUCUGGGAACCGAUAUUUCCCCGGAUCAUGUCCUAGGUCUGCGGGCUGUCACGGAAGACUAUCUUUGCAAACCUGAAGAUAAUAUCUACAAUGUUGACUUUACUCGGUUCAAAAUCAGAGAUCUUGAGACAGGGACAGUCCUCUUUGAGAUUGCCAAGCCUCCUAACAGUGGUCCAAUGGAGAAUGAAGAGGAGAGUGCAGAUAUUGACACCAGUGCAGGGCGUUUUGUCAGAUACCAGUUUACACCAGCCUUCCUAAAACUGCGCACUGUUGGUGCAACUGUUGAGUUCACAGUGGGUGACCGGCCAAUAAACAGCUUUCGUAUGAUUGAGAGGCAUUACUUCCAGGGGCGCCUCCUCAAGAACUUUGACUUUGACUUUGGCUUUUGCAUUCCAAACAGCCGCAACACAUGCGAACACAUUUAUGAGUUUCCACAGCUUCCAGACGACCUCAUUCGCCUAAUGGUGGAGCACCCUUAUGAGACCAGAUCAGACAGUUUCUACUUUGUGGACAAUAAACUCAUCAUGCACAACAAGGCAGAUUAUGCCUACAACGGUGGUCUGUAAUACCAGAAGGGUAAAAAUGUAUGCAAUACCUCCCAGGAGAUUGAGUUCUUGGAUUACAACCAUCCAAAAAGCUUCUUUUCGGUGGACAGAAGUAUUCUCUCCUUUAUCUACAUUCCUACUCACGUGACGACAACUUUAAAUUCAACCGACCACAUCUGCCUUGUUAUGAAAUCAUGGAUCUGUUCAUCUGUACCUCACAGAGCUCAGUUUCUUGGACUCUGAGGAAUGUUCCGUUAAAUAUUUCUCUGUUAAAUCUGACUGAAGUCUUUUUGUUCUGUCUUUGGGUAUCUCAUUCGAGUUUCACGUUACUGCUUAAACACUUCUGCCUUAAGUUUCUCGCUGUCUCUGCUGGAAAGGGACACUUUUGAGUCACAGAUCGCUCAUGACCAAGCCUCUAGACUGUGUUAGUUGUUACUUCAUUUAGUGAAAUACAUAGAUGCUAUCAACUGAGGUUUAUUUGAGCUACAUUUUACAGAUGAUAGUUGUGUUUCCUACGUGUGUAAGUCAGAAUUAACUAGAUGAUUUACAAUAUUGUUAGUUAUAGAUGUUCAUGUUGAACUAGUUUACAUUAAGGCUUAUUUCUUCUAAAUAUAUUAUCAGUUGCGACUCAUUGGGACUGUUUGUGUUAGAUAUUUAAGCUUGGUGUCCAUUUUAUACGAUACAUUGUUUGUCUGACCAAUCUCUUUAUGUAGGAGAAAAUCAUAUAACUCAACAACAA